UUCAUUCUUGUUUUUCUCUGUUUUUCCACAGUGGUUAUGUCUUUGAUUAUGAUUACUACAGAGAUGAUUUCUACAAUCGGUUGUUUGAUUACCAUGGUCGUGUCCCCCCACCACCCCGUGCAGUGAUUCCACUGAAGCGUCCUCGUGUGACUGUGACAACAACUCGCAGAGGAAAAGGGGUUUUCUCCAUGAAAGGAGCAUCACGAUCCACCUCAAGUGGGGCCUCUUCCUCAGGAUCCAAAUCACCCACCUGUCUUCCCCUGCCCCUUAUGUGGAGUGAUACAGUCCUUGGAAGCGUCACUGGAAGAGGAAGAGAGAGAUCAGUGAAAUCAGAUGAGUUGCAAACAAUCAAGAAGGAAUUAACCCAAAUCAAAACAAAAAUUGACUCCUUGCUAGGGAGACUGGAAAAGAUUGAAAAGCAGCAAAAAGCUGAAGCAGAAGCUCAGAAGAAACAUAUGGAAGAUACUGCUGAUUUGAUUCAAGAGGAAUGCAUAUCAGAGAAUGCAGAUAACUCUACGGAAGAGCCAAUUGAAGGGGGGCCAGAUGCAGAUGGGGAUGGAGAAGAGAUGACUGAUGGGAUAGAGGAGGAUUUUGAUGAGGAUGGCAGCAAUGAGCUGGUAAGGAAUAACCAUGCCAUGUCUGCCUGUACAGUUGCUGCAA